CAUGGCCUCCAUGACGGAGCGACCGCUUCAACUUUAAUUUUUCGCCAAUUUUCAGCUGAAAACCGUCUUUUUUUCCUUUCACUGUAAACGGGAAUGUUUCGUCGGACAAUCUUAUCAUGCCAGAUGUGUGAAACAGAUGUUAUCUUUCGGAGACGUUCGCUGUUGGGUGUAAACAGAUCGGUUUAAGUUGGCUGGAAAGCUGGAGAGGAAAAAGAGAAUUGCAUCAAAUCAAAUGCCAUCUGAGGCCCAGUCUCAGGAGCCCCGGGACAGAGGACCGCCCCCUCCCGUCACUCGGGCCGGACGCAGCGCUCAGCUGGCCAAAGCUGCUGCUACGAACCCCGCCCCUGAGAGGCGGCCUCGUGGACGGCCUCGGAAAGAUGGGAGCAGCAGCCGAUCUGCGCCUCCCGCCCUUCCUCCUCCUCCUCCUCCUCCUCCUCCACCACCACCUCCUCCACCGCCUCCAAAAUCAAGGAAGAAGGGGCGGAGUCGAGGUCGAGCCCAGGUAGAGGAUGAGGAGAGCAUGGACGCCACGGAGAAGAAAGCCCCUCAGAAGACAGAGGUGAAGGAGGGGAAGGAGGUGAAGGAGAGGACAACAGGACGCCGUCGAUCCACCUCCAGGAGGAAAUCUAACACAAACCCAGAACCUGACCCGUACCCUGAACCCAGCCAGGACGGGCUCAGUCAAGAGCCUAAGCUGGACCCUGACCCUGGUCCAUCUCACCCUGCUCCCACAAUCUCAGAGUCCAGCCCAGAACCUGCUCCCAGUGUGGAGGAGGAGGACAGAACCAGCCCUGCUCCUACUGCUGAGCUCUCGGUCUCCCCCCCCGGAUCAGCUUCCAGUCCUGGGGAAGAACCUCAAGUCAGCCCCCUGCCCGCCCCCCAGUGUCCUUCCCCGAACCGUAGCCCGGCUCACAGCCCCAUUCCCGGUCCUGUGGAGGAGGACCGGCUCAGCCACAGCCCAGCCCCCAUGGAGGUGGACUGCAGUCCCGGCACGGUUCCUAUGGAGAAAGAGGGGGGCAGGGCAAGUCCUGGGGCCAGUCCCAUGGAGCAGAGUCCCGACCUGAGUCCCUGCUUCAGCCCUCCGGUCUCCCCCUGUCUUCAGCUGGAGGACGAGGACUCGCUGUCCCCCCUGUUCCAGAGGUCGCUGUCAGAGGACUCCGGGGGCUCGCCCACCCCCAGCCUGGGACACACCAAAAAACGUCUGAAGCAGUGUGCCUUCUGCUACUGUGGCGAUGAGCCUCCUCUGGGCCAGGGCCGCCUGGCGGUGUUUGGCCCGACGCCCGGCUACAUCCCUCUCCACAUCCUCAACCGCCGCGCCUCCUCUGACCGAGACAAUGACUGCCAUGACCACUGCUACCGUGGCGACCAGGCCCCAUCCUUGUGCAGCAGUCCGGAGCAGUGUGAGUCUUCCUCCGAGUUCGUGGAGCAGCUCGGACCCAUCGGCCUUCCACACGACAUCAACGUCCAGUCACUGUUCGACCCAACAGGUCAGUGCUGCGCUCACCUGCAGUGUGCAGCCUGGUCAGAGGGGGUGUGUCGAGGCGAGGGCCAAUCACUGCUCUACGUGGACAAAGCCAUCGACUCAGGAAGCACACAGGUGUGUGCGUUCUGCCGUCGGCUCGGGGCUUCGCUGCGUUGCCGGGAGAUGGGCUGUGGGCGGAGCUACCACUUCCCCUGUGCUGCUGCCGCUGGGGCUCAUCAGGACUGGAACCAGAGACACACACUGUGUACAAGACACACACACACAGUCUCUUCACAGUGUGUGUUGUGUUCCGGUGGCUGUGAUGACAGCAGUCUGUUGAUGUGUUGUUGCUGUGGUAACCAUUACCAUGGCAGUUGCCUGGACCCCCCUUUGGCCCCCUCCCCCCUGUGCCGGGCAGGUUGGCAGUGUCCUCAGUGUCGAGUGUGUCAGAGCUGCAGGUUGCGAGGGGAUGACGGUGCGUUGCUGGUGUGUGAGCACUGUGAUAAAGCUUACCACACACACUGUCUAACACCACCUCUGGAUAACACACAGAGCACCGGCUGGAGCUGCAAGAACUGCAGAAUCUGCCGCCGCUGUGGUGUGAGGUCAUCAGGUCAGUGGGCCAAUCACCCAUUUCUGUGCGAGUCAUGUGACCCGGCCCUGCCCUGCCCUCUCUGUGGCCACACCCCCAACAUCUACACACCACAGGAAUAUCUCACCUGUACCUGCUGCUAUAGGUGUGUCCAUACAGAGUGCAUUGUCCAGGCCGGGGAGGGCAGGGCAGGGUCUGAAAGUUACAUCUGCUCCACCUGCAGGCCUCAGGAGGAAGAUCUAAUUCUGAACACUCCAACCCCACACAGUCCUACCCCAGCCUUGCCCGUCAGUCCCAUUUGCAUUUCACAACCACCAAUUUGCAGUCAUACUGAGGGUUCACCCACCAGUCCUACCCCUCAUAGCCCAGUCCAGCUAGUCUGCUCAGAGCCACCACAGAGUCCUAUUGAGACAAUGUCUACACCAUUACAGCAGAGUCUUACACCAUCUCACCCUGACCCAUCAGAGCUCCAACAAAGUCCGGCACCUCUUCACCCUGACCCAUCAGAGCUCCAACAAAGUCCGGCACCUCUUCACCCUGACCCAUCAGAGGUUCAACAAAGUCCUGCACCUCUUCACACUGAUCCAUCAGAGGUUCACCAAAGUCCGGCACCUCUUCACCCUGACCCAUCAGAGGUUCAACAAAGUCCGGGACCUCUUCACACUGAUCCAUCAGAGGUUCAACAAAGUCCUGCACCUCUUCACACUGAUCCAUCAGAGGUUCAACAAAGUCCUGCACCUCUUCACACUGAUCCAUCAGAGGUUCACCAAAGUCCGGCACCUCUUCACACUUAUCCAUCAGAGGUUCAACAAAGUCCGGCACCUCUUCACACUGAUCGAUCAGAGGUUCAACAAAGUCCGGUACCUCUUCAAACUGAUCGAUCAGAGGUUCAACAAAGUCCGGCACCUCUUCACACUGAUCGAUCAGAGGUUCAACAAAGUCCGAUACCCAUUCACCCUGACCCAUCAGAGGUUCAACAAAGUCCAUCACCUCUUCACCCUGACCCAUCAGAGCUCCAACAAAGUCCGGCACCUCUUCACCCUGACCCAUCAGAGGUUCAACAAAGUCCGGCACCUCUUCACCUUGAUCCAUCAGAGCUUCAACAAAGUCCGGCACCUCUUCACCCUGAUCCAUCAGAGCUACAACAAAGUCCGGUACCCAUUCACCCUGACCCAUCAGAGCUCCAACAAAGUCCGGCACCUCUUCACCCUGACCCAUCAGAGGUUCAACAAAGUCCGGCACCUCUUCGACCUGACCCAUCAGAGGUUCAACAAAGUCCGGCACCUCUUCGACCUGACCCAUCAGAGGUUCAACAAAGUCCGGCACCUCUUCACCCUGAUCCAUCAGAGGUUCAUCAAAGUCUGAUACCCAUUCACCCUGACCCAUCAGAGCUACAACAAAGUCCGGCACCUCUUCACCCUGAUCCAUCAGAGGUUCAUCAAAGUCCGAUACCCAUUCACCCUGACCCAUCAGAGCUACAACAAAGUCCGGCACCUCUUCACCCUGACCCAUCAGAGGUUCAACAAAGUCCGGCACCUCUUCACCCUGACCCAUCAGAGGUUCAACAAAGUCCUGCACCUCUUCACACUGAUCCAUCAGAGGCUCAACAAAGUCCUACACCUCUUCACCCUGACCCAUCAGAGCUACAACAAAGUCCUGCACCUCUUCACCUUGAUCCAUCAGAGAUUCAACAAAGUCUGGCAUCUCUUCACCCUGACCCAUCAGAGCUCCGGAAAAGCCCGGCACUGCUUCAUCCUGUCUCAUUAGAGCUCCAACAAAGUCCUGCACCUCUUCACCCUGACCCAUCAGAGCUCCGAAAAAGCCCGGCACCUCUUCACCCUGACUCAUCAGAGCACCAACAAAGUCCUGCACCUCUUCGACCCGAUCCAUCAGAAGUUCAACAAAGUCCGGCACCUUCUCAUCCUGACUCAUCAGAGCUCCAACAAAUUUGUAAAUCAUCUCAUUCUAAUCGAGUAGACCAUCAAAAAAGUCCACCACCAUCUCACCCUGGUGCAACAGACCUUGAAACAAGGCCUUUGCCACCUUGCCUUGAUACUACAGAAAUCCAGCAAAGUCCUGCGCCAUCUCACCCUGAUCCUACAGAGCUCCAACAAAGUCCAUCACCCUUCAACAGUUGUUCAGCAGAACUCCAUGAAAAUCCUGUGUCAUUUAACCUUGAUCCUACACAACUCCAGGAGAGCCAUACCCCUUGUCCCCUUAGUCCAGCAGAGCUUGAAAGCCCUACACAGUCUCACCUUGGUUCAACACAACCCCAAAAAAGAACUACGCCAUCCCCUCCUGGUCCUGCUGAGCUGCAACAAAGCCCUACCCAUGUGACUUCCAUGCAGGCCCAGUAUAGUCCUUGUCAGCUCAGUUACACCUCUCCUAGCCCUACCCAAAAUUCCACAGAGGAGCAGCUUAUAGCCACAGAGUCUCAGCAGAGUCCAAUGCAGGGUAGUCCCAUGUCUUGUGGCCUUGCACAGUCUACGCACAGCCCUCCACCAAACAGUCCACCCAAGGUUCACCCAAGGCUUGAAGAGCCUCAGCACAGCCCUCCACCUCAGAGUCCUGCGCAGGUAGACCAUGAUAGACCAUGUAGUCCUGCCAACAGCAUCAUCACACAGUCUCAGUACAGUCCCUCACAAAGAUGGAAUAACCCUACACCACAUAGUCCUGCACAAGUCUGCACGUCCCCUCCUCAGAGUCCCACACAGGAAGCUGAUUCUACACUGGACCAGGAGAGACCUGGAUCAAGCAGCCCUGCCCACCUGCUAUGUGGGGCUGCACAGGACAUUUCUACACUGGACCAGGACCCUUCAUUAGUCUACUGUGGGUUCGCCCAGACAAGAAGAAGUCAUGCCUUACUGAGGCCCAUUUCAGCUCCAUGUAGCCCAUCACCGUCCCCACUCAGACCUACACAGUGUAGUUUGUCACAGCCUGCUAGCCCAGUACAGGCCCACUCUAGACAUCCUGUAAGGCCUUUGCAGCACAGCCUGCUUCCCUCUUGGCUUACUGCACAGUUAGAAGUCACUGAGGAAUGCACCCAAACCAAUACAGAGCAUAGCCCUGUACAGCUGAGUUCAAACUUUGAUGGCCAAACACUGGAAAGUACCCCUGCCCUUCUUAGCCCCGCCUCUGAACUGUCCACAGUGCCCCCUGAUAGCCACGGCACAAAUGGUCAACUCCCAAACCACCAUGGUCCUGUUCAGAGUAGUAUGCUUAGCCCCAGCCAUUCUAGCCCCCACCAUGUAUCUGUUAUCUCCACACCAGAAAGCCUUCACAUUAGCACUUCAGCAGAACACAGUAGCCUAACUCUCUCACAUUGUGCUGAUGAAAUGGAGGAAAGUCCUCCCGCAGCUAGCCAAGAUCAUCAGAGACAUGCUCAUGACAGACUGUCAAGCUGCAUGGAAGGUAAAGCUAGCCCCAUACAUAUCCAAGCUAGCUCAGCUAGUGCUAGCCCCACACAUGCCAGUGAAAUGCCUACAAGCGCUACUAGCUCUCUUCGGGCCCAUGCUAGCCCCAUUCCAACAGAAACUAGCCUUGCCUACAUCAGCCCUUUAGCUGCUGAGAGUAGCCCCUUGGCAGUGCUGACUAGACCCACCCACGCUCUCUCGUGUCAGGAUAAGGAGAUGGAGGUAGCUGUCGACCACCCAACUGUUUUUAUUGAGUCAGCAGCUGGUCCCAGUCAUCUUAACUCCACUCCUGGCAGUCCAGUACAUACCAGUGUCACUCACGCUGGCCCAGUCCACACAGACACAAACAGCGGCUGCAGUCUGAUGAGCACCGUAGAGCUCACACAGACUCAGACGAGCCAAAGUCCCACACAUCCUGGUCACUCAAGUCCCUCACAUGUCCAAACUACCUGCAGUCCUUCACAGACUGCUCCAGCUAGCUUUAGUCCUCCACACUGUAGGCAGUCUGGUACUAGCCCAGCUAGUAGUUCUGUAAGCCACAGUCUGAGCAACAUUACCUCAGAGAGCAGUGGCCAGACAGGUCCCCACUCUGCUACUGUGACUGAUGUUUGCAUCUUCCACAGUCCCCCUAGGUCUAGUCCUGCUGGUCAAGCUAGUCCUGUUCACAUACAGAGCACCUCUAGUAGUGCCCACUCAGGUCCUGUCCGAAGACAGAGUCCCUCAUUACCUAACUCGACACACAGCAGCCCUGCACAUGCUUCUGUUGUUUGUGUUAGUCCAUCUCACAGUCCAGCUCAGGCCAGUGAAACUGAUCGUAGACCCGCAGGUAGCCUACAUUACAGCCCAGCUCCAGACACUGGAACCAAUGCUGGCCUUAGUGUGGCACAACUGAGCCCCUCUUUGGCUAGUUCAAGUCUUGAUGUGGACUCUUUGGCCAGUUCCAUAAUCCAGACAUCUGUUCUUCCCAGUGCAGUUCAGGUUGAUCCUGGUCUGGUUAAACCUACAGACCCAGAACCUGCCGGCUUCCAGCCAGAUGCCUCACCUGCUGCUAGCCCCAACCAGGCUAGUCUGAGCCCGGUGAGCCAGUCCCCAGUUAGUCCUAACCCUGCCCCUGACAGGUGUGCAGCUGAAUUUCAACAAAGCACUGCCUUGGUAAGCCCCUUGUAUCAAAGACCCCCCUCCCCUGUUGAUGCUACUUCCACUGAGGCUAGUCUGAGCCACGCCAGCCCUGUCCAUCCUAGACCCACUCAGGAUAACACUGCGAUGCCUAGUCCUCAACCCCCUGCCCCCUCACCGGUCAGUCCUGCUCACACAUUCUCCUCUCAUGCUCCACAGGCUCAAGCUAGUUCUGUGCACAAUAGCCCAGCUGCAAGUCCAGUUUCAGUCCCUACAGAUUCAGGUUGUACACAGACUACCCUAAGUCCUGGUCCUGUCAGUCCUGUGCGGCCAGAAUUUAGUCUCAGUCUUGUUCCUGAUAGCACUAUGAGGUGUGAGGCUAACCCUGCUCCCAGUCCAGUCUGCCCUUCUCUUGUCGCCCCUGUGCCGUCUGAAAACAGCCCUAGUCCUGGUCCUGGUGGCCCUGUGUGGCCUGAUCAUGGUCCAGGAAGCCGGUUUGUUUCCACCCCCGAGCAAGACACAGACAGAGAGAGAGAGUCUGCAGCCACUGUGGACUUCUGUGUGGUGGAGGAACAGAGGAAGACUGAAGAGGAGGAGAUUGACAGAGAAGCUCCACAGCAGGAGGAGGAGGAGCCUCAUCAGACGACAAUGGAGAAAUGGGAAGAGGAGGAGCCUUUUGGGAGGACGGAGGAAGGAGGAGAACAAGACCAGGAGGAAGAACCUCCAUCAGGAGUCCAGUCCGCCUCGGUCCUGAAUGAAGACCAGUCUCCUGCUGCCUCCCCUAUACCUCCUAUGCCUCACUCUGCCUCCCCCCUCCAGCAGCCCUCUUGCUCCCCCCCAUUUUCACCUCUUGCCUUCGCCCUCCCUUCUCCCCAAUCUGAACCUCCUCCUAGAGCUGGUUCUCUGGAGGCCUCCCCUUCAUUUUCCCAUCACAGGACUGCCUUACCCCCCUCCUGCCCCCCCCACACGUCACAUCCUCCCUCCCCUCCUCUGGAGGAUCACUCCCAGGAAGAGGUGCCCACCAAUCAAAGAGGAGUCGAGACUGUGACGGGAGAGGAGGUGGGGCUAGAGGACAAAACACUUUGCAGCCAAUCACAGAGCCAGUUUGAACCUGUUGCUGUGGUAACAGAACCCACCAAAGAUGAGCACCAAUCACGUGCUGAGCCUUCAGAGAGGGAGGAAGAGGAGGAGCCAGCAUCAGACGGGGCGGCCACUCCUGAGGUGGUUGUUGGGCAACAGCCAAUGAGGGAGAGGCAGAAUGUAGAGGAGGAGGAAGAAGAGGAGGAGCAGGGUAGGGAUUAUGAAGAGGAGGAGGAGGAGGAGCCAAGGGAGGGUGCCAAGCAGGAAGACCUAUCAGAUGUGGAGGAGGAGGAACCGGUGAGCCCUGUGCUGGACCUGGAUGCCUCUUUUGACAAGGAGGUGAUGGAGCUGAUGACCUCCUCAUCCCUUCCACCCUCCCUCCUCCACCUCUCCUCCCCCAGCCCACCUCCUCUCUCCCGCCGGGGGAAAGGUCAGACUCUCAGGCCUCCUCCCUGCUCCUCCAGGCCUUCGGACGACCUCUCCAUCCGUCUGAGGCAGUCUCCCUUCUCCACUGAGGCCUCCCCCGAGACCUCCCCCACCAGAACUCCUGUCACCCCGCCUCCGCUCUCUCCACCUUCACCUCCUCUCAGGUCCUCCCCCCCUGCCAGAGAGUCUCCACCUCUCUCCAAGCCCCCGGCCCCUCCCACCACCAUGCUCCCCCUCACUCCUAAGAUCGGCAUGGGGAAACCGGCCAUCUCUAAGAGGAAGUUUUCUCCAGGCAGAGCCAGAGUCAAACAGGGUUCGUGGUGGAGUAAUCGCAGGGCAGUGAGCCCCCCCUCGUCCUCCCAGGAUUCCACGGGGGAGGGAGGGUGGGACAGCCCUAAGCCCCGCCCACCGGACUCCCCCCUCUGGAGCAUGAGAGUGGGCCGUGGUUCAGCGUUUCCAGGCAGGAGGAGGUCCAGAGGAGGAGGUGUUGGAGGAGGAAGAGGAGGGGGCAGAGGCAGGAGCAGACUGAAGACUCAGGACAGUCAGACUGUGUCACCUGGAUGUGGAUAUGUGGAGCCGUUCCAGCCGAAGGAGGAGGAGGAGAACUCGAUGCACAACACAGUGGUGAUGUUCUCCACCUCCGACCACUUCACCCUCAGACAGGACAUGUGUGUGGUGUGUGGUAGUUUUGGUCAGGGUGCUGAGGGCAGACUGUUGGCCUGUUCUCAGUGUGGACAGUGUUACCAUCCCUACUGUGUCAACGUCAAGAUUACACGGGUGGUUCUGACCAAAGGGUGGCGCUGUCUGGAGUGUACAGUGUGUGAGGCGUGUGGCGAGGCUAGUGACCCCGGGCGACUGUUGCUAUGUGACGACUGUGACAUCAGCUACCACACCUACUGUUUGGACCCGCCCCUCCAUACAGUCCCUAAAGGAGCCUGGAAGUGCAAGUGGUGUGUGUGGUGUGUGCAGUGUGGCUCCGCCUCCCCCGGGCUGCACUGUGAUUGGCAGAGUAACUACAGUCGCUGUGGACCGUGUGCCAGUCUGAGCCGCUGUCCACUGUGUCAGAGACAGUACACACAGGACGACCUUAUACUGCUGUGUCAGCAGUGUGACAGGUGGGUACAUGCUGUGUGUCAGGGUCUGACCACUGAGGAUGAGGUGGAGGUUGCUGCUGACGAAGGCUUCGACUGUUCGCUGUGCAGAACACACAGCCGCGGCUCAUACGGGAGGUCAGAGAGUUUUGAUUCUCCCUACAUGGCUCAGAUCAUCUCCAGGAUCAAAGAACCAGACACAAAGACCUACAAUCAGGACGGAGUGUGUCUCACAGAGUCAGGUCUGUCUCACCUGCAGUCUCUUGUUGAACCUCUGACGUCACCACGCAAGUAUCGCAGGUGUAAACCCAAACUGAAGCUGAGGAUCAUCAACCAGAACAGCGUGUCUGUCCUUCAGACCCCCCCUGACCCCCCCGCUGAGCAGGACCACAGCAGAGGUGACUUGGACUGUGAGAUGAAAUCCGACUCCAGCCCCGAGCGAGACCACGCCCACGAUGAUGAUGUCACCAAGGAGCCUGAGGUUACUGACGGCAACAAGAAGAGGAAGAGGAAACCCUACAGGCCAGGUAUUGGGGGGUUCAUGGUGCGUCAGCGUGGAGGGAAGGCGGGUCCCAGCAGAAUCAAACUGUGCAGAAAAGAUUCAGCGGAGACGCUGCUGGGCCGAGACAAAGGCCUGUUGGAUGCUGAGGUUGCCAUAGAGACGGUGCUGCCUGCAGACCAGACCAUGGAGAAGGUGAAGAAGAGAUACAGGAAGAAGAAGACGAAGCUGGAGGAGGCUUUCCCAUCUUAUCUCCAGGAGGCGUUCUUUGGUCGGGAUCUUCUGGACCGGAGUCGGCAGGUGGACAGGAGGGCGGGGCCAGAGACACCAGGCGGCAGCCAAUCAGGAGCGGCAACAGGUGACAUGAAAAGCCCCACCCCUGAUUUACAUGGCCCCUCCCCCUCAGGACUGCUAGUUGGUGCCAUGGCGACCAGCAAGAGACAGGGAACUCUGCCCAUGUCGGAAGAAGCUCUAUUGGAUCUGUCUGAUGUUCUCAACACUGACCCUCACAUACUGGCUACAGGACACACAGGUCAGUUCCAGGUGGAGCGCUCCCCCUCUCCGUUUGCCGGGCUGGACAUCAGCUCCAUGGCCAAUGACUCAUCUUUGACCUCUGAGCCGACAGGAAGUUGUGGGCGUGGCCAGAGGGUGGUGCAGGAGGAGCCUUUGGAUGCCAUCUUGAGUCCUGAGCUGGACAAGAUGGUCACUGACGGUGCCAUCCUCAGCAAACUCUACAAGAUCCCAGAGCUGGAGGGGAAGGACGUGGAGGAGGUGUUCACUGCUGUUCUCAGUCCAAACAGCAGCAACAACCAACCAGAGCAGAGCCAACACACUCACACUGCUGCUGCAGGGAGCAAGACACACACACACCACACAGGCGCUGUGUUUCCACACCUGCCGCUGAUGAACGGCCUGAUGGGAGCUGCUCCUCACUUCCCCAACACUCCCAUGAUGCCCAGCGGAGUCCAGGGUCCAGCAGGCUUUAGGAUGCCCCCUCAUGAAGGCCACGCCCCCGCUCCACUACCAAGCCCCAGCACCGGCCCCCCUGGGCAGGCCUCGGCCAAUCAGGCGGCAGCAGGAGAGGGCGAGCAGGAUGUGAUGUCGACGGCUCAAAGAGGCAUGUUGAAGUGGGAGAAAGAGGAAACUCUGGGAGAGCUGGCCACCGUCGCCCCCGUCCUCUACUGCAACACCAACUUCCCCCAGCUGAGGGAGCAGUAUCCUGACUGGUCCACCAGAGUGAAGCAGAUUGCCAAGCUGUGGAGGAAAGCCAGCUCUCAGGACAGAGCUCCCUACGUGCAAAAAGCUCGUGAUAACCGAGCGGCUCAGCGCAUCAACAAGGUGCAGCUGUCCAACGACCCGCUCAAACGCCACCCGCCCUCACAGCAGCAGCAGCCGCUGCCGCCGCAGCAGCCACAGCAGCCGCUGCCGCCGCCGCUGCCACCAGGACCGUAUGACCCUGUUUCCAUGGAGGCAGAGUUGGCAUUCAAGGACCCACUGAGACCCAAAGAGUCAGAGCAGGAGCAAGAGUGGAAGUUGAGACAGGGAGAGGUAAAUGACAGAUGGGGAGCCGGUAAGAAGAGGCAGGAAAAUCUCCCCCAAAGCAAAGCCCUAAAAUCACCAACAGAUAAAGAUUGUUCCUGCCAGGCAUCUGUAGCAGGAGGUGGCAAAGAGGCUCUGCUCCUGCGUCAGAAGAGUAAGCAGCUGGCUAAGAUGGAGGCGUGUCAGAAGUUGGAGCAGGUGAAGAACGAGCAGCGUCAGCAGCAGCAGCUCCUCGCCACGCAGCGCGUGACGGGAUAUCUGUCCCCUGAGAGUGGCAGCCGCAGCCCCAUGACCCCCGCCCAGCAGCCGGUCGCCGGGGGCAACGCCUCCCCCCUCCAUCCGUCUGCAUCCAGGGAGGCUCAGUCCAGGCAGCACCUCCUCCUGCAGGGGGGCCAGAGUUCAGGACUGGCAGACGACGUCUUCCUCAGACCGCAAGCUCCUCCCCCGUCCGGCUUCUCCUCGCUCCCUCACUCCCCUCACCCCUCCUCCCCUCUCCACCAGCCCCCGUCCUCCCCCCAGAUGUUCUCCCCGCCCUCUUCCCGCCCCUCCUCGCCCUGGGAUCCUUACAGCAAGGUAGUAGGGACUCCUCGCCCCUCCUCCUCCCAGUCUGGUGGUCCCCCCACACCCCAGCAGCAACGUCGCAACUCCCUCAGCGCCUCCCCGGCCCACGAUGCCUUUGGUUCCCCCGCACGGUCCCCCGACGCCAAGACUUCCGAUGUCUCCAGGGCCCUGGGACCCCAACCAGGGCUGCAGCAGAGCAGAGCAGGUGUGCUGAGCUCCGCCCCCGACCACACAGGUAGACAUGUUGUUGUCCGAACAGCGGAGACGUACCAGAGGACUCCUCACAGCGGUAACCUCCGUAUGGGGGGGUCUGAAUCCUUCGGCCGUCCUGGUGAACUGUUCCAGGGUGGGGUGUUUAAAGCCCCUAUGCCCCCCCAGCACCAGCAGGAGGUGUUUAUAGGAGGAGGAAGGAGGGACCCGUCCAGACCCACAGACCUGGGCUUUGCCCUCCCCCAGUCGCAGGACCCCCCCUUCCCCUCCAGUCCACUGUCAGGACUGGGGUCUCCCCACCGAAGCCCCUAUGCCCAGACGCCCGGCACGCCCCGCCCUGACUACAGCCAGCAGGCCACCGAUCCCUUCACCCAGCAGUCACCUUUGACCUCCCGGCCCUCUCCUGACCCCUAUGCCAACCCCCAGACACCUGGCACACCACGCCCACACUCUGACCCUGCCUACCUCUCCACGCCGCCUGCACUGCGACUGGACCAGUACAACCAGCAGUCUGCUAACCGCCGACCGUCCCCCUCCCACCCAGCCCUUGACCCCUACGCCUCCAACCCAGGGACGCCCCGCCCCUCUGUCACAGAGCGCUUCCCUCGAUCACCGGGGAGUCAGCGGAGCGCCGACCCCUACGCGCAGCCUGUCGGUACGCCGCGACCCUCGCCCGACCCCUACACCCAGCAGCCCUCCACGCCGCGGCCACAGAAAGCCCCCGAGCCCUUCAUCCCGGCCCCAGUGGAGAGCUUCACCCCUCAGCCUGCAGGACCAGGGUCCUCCCCUCUGGCUCCAGGACUGUCUGGAGAGACCUUCACCUCGACACACCCCCAGUUGCAGCAGUCUCCAGGAAGACAACAACAACAACAGGACUCAUUUCCCAGAACCCCCAGCAGCCAGACCCCAAAGCACCCUGGCAUGUCAGAGGAAGGCGGGUUCUCUGGUUUGGCCAGUCAGACCCCGGGUCACGACCCCUUCGAGCAGGGUCACAUGACACCAGGCCCCUCACAGACAGACAAGACGGCAGCCAAUGAAAUGACAGCAUUGGGUGUGGCCUCUUUAGAUGGACCAAUGAGCAUGCUCCCUCAGCCUGGUGACUCAGAAGAGAAGCUAAGACAGCGUCAGCGGCUGCGGCAGCUCAUCCUGAGGCAGCAGCAGCAGAAGAGUGCGUUACGGCAGGAGAAAGGUCUCCAGGAACCAGGUUCAGGACCAGCUGCCCCCCCCGCUGGUCCACCCGGCCCUGCUUCAGGUUCAGGAACACCCCGUCACUGGUCCCAGGAGGACUCCUCCUCGGCUCCUCCAGCAGACCUGUUUGGACGCCCACCGCCCCCCUAUCCCGGCACCGUGAGGCCCGGUGGGCCGGUGGUGUCUUUAGCCCCCAGGUUCCCUGGGGGUUUCCCAGGGGAGCAGCAGAGGGGCUACACCCCCAGCGAGGCUCCCUUUCCUAGGCAGAGCCUCCCCAGAGAGCUGGGUGUCAGAGGACCAGUCCUGAGGAUCGCUGGUUCUCCAGGACUUCCGGGACCUCCAGCCGGCCUCCAGGACUCCUUCCUGCGUCCUCCCCAGGGUUCUCUGCCUGGAUCUGGACUCGCUGUGGAGGGAGUUCCUGUCCAGAUGAGAAGGCCGAUUCACGGAGAGUUCAGUGGCAUCCGACCGCUGACCGCUCCCAGUGCUCACCCACACAUGAUGCCAGGUGUCCCCCAGCCAUUCCUCCCACGCUCCCUCCCCAUCCAGCAGCACAGCAUCAUGGGACAGCCCUACAUCGAGCUCCGUCACCGGGCCCCUGAGAAUCGCCUCAGGAUGGCCUUCUCUCUGCCCGUGGCCCCGGACCCCGAGGCCCCUCUGCUGCACCCCAGAGACCCCCAGCCGUCUCUGGUCCGGCCCGGUCAGGGGGCCAGGAUGGGUGAGACGCCUCUGGGCCAGCAGAUGGUGAUGGCGGGCGGCGUGGAGCAGCUGAACCAGCAGGAACAGCAGCACCUGGGACACACGGCGGCUCUGACUCAGAGCGGCGACUCAACACUCCCGGGGGCUGAUGUGAUAGAGGAGCACCUGGAGGGAGAGGACUCGGCCGUGAAGGAUCUGGAGGACGUGGAGGUGAAAGACCUGGUGGACCUGAACCUGAACCUGGACCCAGAGGAUGGUAAAGAGGACCUGGAUCUGGGUCCUAACGACCUCCACCUCGAUGACUUCCUGCUGUCAGGGAAGUUUGACCUGAUUGCCUACGCUGACCCCGAGCUCAACCUGGAGGACAAGAAGGACAUGUUCAACGAGGAGCUGGACCUGGAGCCGGUGGAGGAGAAGGACGGAGCUGGCGGGUCCAGAAAGACACAUAGCCACGCCCCCCUGGUCGGCCAGGUGAAACAGGAAGUGAUGGACGGUGUCAAGACAGAAGACCUCACAACACAACCUGGGGUCGUCGCCACCAGUAGUCCUCCUGGACCUCCUGGAGGUCCAGGGACCAAGGCAGCCGGCUCCUCUGCCCUCCUCACCAAGGAGAAGGUGGAGGACUCUGGUUCAGCUCUCCAGGCCCAGGAACAGGCUCCCAGGGUUCACCCCCCCAUGUCUGCAGGGCAACAGUCUGUCUUCCAGGAGCAGCAGAGACCCUUUGGACCCUCCGCCUCAGCUCUCCUCACCCCCCACCCUCAGGGUCUCCCGGUGUCUCCUCACCCCAGUCUGCCUCCUCAGGGCCCCCCCGCCCCACCUCACUCGCUGUCCCUUCAACCCAUAGUUCUCAACCCCCAGACCCAGGGCCAGACUGUCUUCCUCCAGAACCAGAACCAGGUGCAGAACCAGAACAAACUCAGGCCCCUGCUCCUUGAGGAGCAGCCCCUCCUCCUACAGGACCUCCUGGACCAGGAGCGUCAGGAGCAGCAGCAGCAGAAACAGAUGCAGGCCCUGAUCAGACAGAGGUCCACCUCAGACCCCCUGUUCCCCAACAUGGCAGACUUUGACUCCAUCACUGACCCCAUCAUGAAGGCUAAGAUGGUGGCUCUGAAGGGCAUCAACAAGGUGAUGACUCAGGGCAACCUGGCACUGAACCCCAUGGUCAUCAACAGUGUCCGGUUCCAGCAGGCUCCGGCUCCAGGGGCUCCUGUGGCUCCCGGGGCUCCUGUGGCUCCUGUGGCUCCCGGGGCUCCUGUGGCUCCUGUGGCUCCUGUGGCUCCCGGGGCUCCGGGGAACGAAGGCACUCCUCACCCUCCACAGCUGCUUGAACAGGACGCCAAGGUGAACCCUCAGCUGGUGCGGCCCAACCCCCCCAGCUUUGGCCCAGGCUUUGUCAACGAGUCUCAGCGACGUCAGUAUGAGGAGUGGCUGGGGGAGACGCAGCGCCUCCUGCAGAUGCAACAGCGCCUCCUGGAGGACCAGAUCGCCGCCCACCGCAAGACCAAGAAAGCUCUCUCUGCCAAGCAGAGAACGGCCAAGAAGGCGGGCCGAGCGUUUGCAGAGGACGAUGCAGCCCAGCUCCGCUACAUCACCGAACAGCAGGGGGCGGUCCAAAAACAGCUGGAGCAGAUCCGGAAGCAGCAGAAGGACCACGCGGAGCUGAUCGAGGACUACAGGACCAAGCAGCAGCAGCAGCAGCAGCAGCAGCAGAGAGCUCUGCAGCAGCAACCACCACCUGCUGCCCCCCCCAUGCUGCCUGCAGGAGUGCCCCCCAUUCCCCAGACCCUGCUCCCCCAGCCCAUGGCGCCCAUGCAGCCGCACCCAGGCGGCCCCACCCCAGCCUGCGUCCCUAAUGUCCCUCCUGGUUGGACCCCAGGGGGCGGGGCUCCAGGGGUGAUGGGGCAGAGGAUUCCACCUCAUCUGCCCGCUCAGAUGCCACCCACCCUGACUAACCCCCCCCAGGCUUCCCCACAUACCCAGACCCCUCAGGUCAUGGUGCCCAACCUCGCUCCUCCAACAGCGGCCUUCAACACAGGCCCCAGGGCCCCCCCUGGAGGGCCCAAUGUAGCAGCAGGAGACGGAGCCACCCCCACACCUCAGGUGAAGUUUGACGACAACAACCCGUUCAGUGAAGGUUUCCAGGAGCGGGAGCGGAGGGAGCGGCUGAGGGAGCAGCAGGAGAGGCAGAGGGUCCAGCUGAUGCAGGAGGUGGAGCGUCAGCGGGCGCUGCAGCAGAGACUGGAGCAGCAGAGCAUCCUGGGAGCCGGAGUCACAGCCACGCCUCCAGCUGGAGCUCGGGUCGGGCAAACAUCUGGACCUGGUCCUGUGGGGGCAGCACCUGCCCCGGGCGGGGACAGCCUCUCACAGAUGCCUUUCUUCAGCUCUGAGCUGCCCCAGGACUUCCUCCAGUCCCCCCCGGCCUCCAGACCUCCACCACAGCACCAGGGCCAGGUGGGGGCACCGUUCCCCCAGCAGGUGGGCCUCCACCAGGGUUUCACAGGACCCCUGCACCCUGGACCGCUCCUGGCUUCAGGUCUGCAGCCUGGUGUCACAGCAGAACGUGGCAGGGCCUUGACUGAACAUGGACCCCCCAUGGACGUGGCUCCUUCAAACCUCCAGACCAGACUGAGGCCCCCAGGCCCCGCUGGGCCCUCCAUCCAAGGACAGGGACGCCCAGCUGGGAUAGGCACUGCAGGAAUGACCCCCUCCCAUCCUGGGGGUCAGGGUCAUCGAUUUGGACACGACUCCUCCUCUUCCUCCCCAUUGAACCCCCUCCCCCCCUCUUUCCCCUGCUCCUCCUCUGGAGGCCCCUCCUCCCUCAUCCAGCUCUACUCUGACAUCAUCCCUGACGACAAACCAAAGAAGAAGAGGACCAGGAAGAGGGAGGGAGACGACGCCACGGGGGGAGGGGGAGCCAGGACGCCCCUGUCCUCCCACUCUGAUGACAUCACUGCCCCGCCCACCCCAGCGGUCUCUGAUACUUCCUGCUCCACGCCCACUCGGGGCAGCCUGGACCAAUCAGACGCCUUUCCUGGUCUGGCCCCAUCGUCCGAGUUGGAGAGGCAGCUGUCGGUCAGCUCUGCAGCCCAGCAAAGAGCCUCUGUCCUGGGCAUGGAGUGUCAGCGGGGCCCCCUGUCUGCGGCUCGUCUGGAGGUCAAGGAGGAGUGGGAGGAGGGCGGAGCUUGUGGGGGUGGUGUGGUUAAGAUGGAGGAAGGGGGGGGGGAGGGAUUCUCUUCCCCAUCCCCUCUCCACGGGGGAGGUAAAGACGGAGACGGUGGGAAGGAGCUGCUCAGACACCUGCUGAAGGACAAAACCUCACCGGCCUCCACGCCAUCACCCACCAGCCAGGCCACACCCACUGCCCGCCACCAGCUGUCCAAUGAGAGCGCCCGGUCCGAGGAGGAUGACAGGCCUGGUUCCCAUAACAACAUGGUGACCAUGAACAGUCCAGCUCCAGACCUGCUGGACUCCUCGGGCAGGAAGAAGACUCAGCGCUGCAAGAGACUGUCCCGUCCCGAGAAGGACCGAGCUCCUCCCAAAUACAAGAGGAGGAAGAAGGAGGAGGAGGAGAAGACGCUCCACUCCACCUCUGACCCUCUGAUGACUCACCUCAGACAGCUGUCGGUGCUGCCCCUGAUGGAACCGGUCCUGGGGGUGGAUCUGAGUCUGUUCCCCCCAUACGGCAGCUCCUCGCUGGGCAGAGACUCCAGACUGACGGGCUCCUUUGGGAACGGCUGUCUGGACGGAGUCACCGACUACUACUCCCAGCUCAUAUACAAGCAGAAUAACCUCAGUAACCCCCCCACCCCGGCCUCCCUGCCCCCCACCCCCCCGCCUGUUGCCAGGCAGAAGCUGGUGAACGGCUUCGCCACAACGGAGGAGCUGACCAGGAAGGAGAUCACAGAGCAGGACGUGAAAGGUGUGUCAGGUCUGAAGCAGAAAGGGGAGGAGCUUCUGGCUUUAAACCAUGCCUCCAAGACAGUAGACGUCCCCGCCUCCCUGCCAACCCCACCCCACAACAACCAAGAGGAGAUCAGGGUCCAGGACUCGUCGGAGCGGGACAGCCCAGACGGCUUCGUCCCGUCAUCGUCUCCGGAGAGUGUGGCAGACAUGGAGGUCAGCAGGUACCCCGACCUCUCCUUCAUCAAGCUGGAGCCACCCUCGCCCUGUCCCUCGCCCACAAUACCCAUCAUGCCCUGCGCCUGGGGAAAAGGCUCUGCAGUGAAACAGGAAGUGAAGGCGGAGCCUAACCAUCAGGAUCCUCCCUCCUGCUCCAACACAGACCUGGUUACCAUAGCAAUAACCCUGAACCCUGUGGCAGCUCAGAAUGUUGCAGGUGUGAUGGCGGCGGUGGCGGAGCUGCUGAGGGUCCCCGUCCCCGUCAACUACCAGCUGAGCCGACCGGCCGGCCCCGAGCGCAGCUCCCUGGCUCUGUUGGCCGGAGUACGAGUGCCACUGACUCAGGGUUCAGCAGGCAGCAGACAGCAAAGACCUCCACCUGGACACACAGGUGUCAGGAUGGACUACAACCAACAUGGCGGCUCCCCCGCUGCUGCCAGGCCUCAGUGUUGCAGCUACUGCAAGGUGCUGCUGGGAAAUGGAGUCCGUGUGGUCAAAGAGCUCAAACAGGAGGGUCAGUCCACACCAGGGUCCAGCCUGGUGUUCUGCAGUCCACACUGCUCUGCUCUCCACACAUCGGACCCCCAGAGCAGAGCUGCAGGAAACAAGUCUGUGGUCCCCGUCCUGCUGACCAGCUCUGAGCGCCCCCCUCCCUGCAUAGUGACGCACCAGUACACCAACAACAUGUCCUCCAUCGCCGUGCACUCCCUCCCCCAAGCUCCCCCCUCACCCCCCCCCCCUUCCUCCUCCUCCUCCCCAGAACUCUCCUUCCCCCCUGCCUGUGCCAUUACCAUGGAGACCAGGCCCCGUAUGGACAGCCUGAAGGUGAAGGUGAAGUUGAAGCCCCGCCCCCGCGCGGUUCCAGGUGGGGAGGACUUGUUUCGGCAUGUGAAGAGGAUGAAGAGUUCCCGCUGGAGACGCUGGAGCAUCAGCAUCACACUGAGCCGGGGUCCUUGCAACCCUAACGAGGCAGUUGCCUUGCCAACCGAUGAGGAAGUGGACAUACUGUUUAAAAAGUUGGGGGUGUGUCUUCGUCCCGACCCGUUACCCAAAGAUCAGCGAAGGUGCUGCUUCUGUCACCAGCAGGGAGAUGGACAGACAGACGGACCGGCCAGACUACUGAACCUGGACCUGGACCUGUGGGUCCACCUGAACUGUGCUCUGUGGUCCAGCGAGGUCUACGAGACUCAGGCUGGCGCUCUAAUCAACGUGGAACUGGCUCUGAGACGAGGUCUGACUCUGCGCUGCGCUCACUGUCAGCACACCGGAGCCACGAGCGGCUGCAACCGUCUGCGCUGCACCAACACCUACCACUUCACCUGCGCACUGCAGGCCCACUGCACCUUCUUCAAGGACAAGACGAUGCUCUGUCACCUCCAUAAGCCCAGGACAGUUCCUCUCAGUGGGGACAGGUCUUCCAGCGGCUCCCCCUCCUCCACUCCAGGACCGACCCCUGACCUUGCGGCGAUGGUGGCCUCUGACCCGUACGACUCGGAGCUGCGCUGCUUCGCUGUGUUUCGACGAGUGUACGUGCAGCGGGACGAGGCGCGGCAGAUCGCCGCCGUGGUGCAGCGCGGUGAGCGGCAGCACACCUUCCGAGUCGGCAGCCUGUUGUUCCGCGCUAUCGGCAGGCUCCUCCCUCAGCAGAUGAAGGCCUUCCACAACCAGACCGCCAUCUUCCCCGUCGGUUACCAUGCCAACCGCAUCUACUGGAGUAUGCGCCACAGCAGCAGACGCUGUAAGUACAUGUGCUACAUCGAAGAGAAGGAGGGUCAGCCGCUGUUUAAAGUGAAGGUGGUGGAGAAGGGACAUGAUGACCUCAUACUGACCGGACCAACACCUAAAGCUGUGUGGGACCAGAUACUGGAACCAGUAUCACAGAUGAGAUCCUCCAGUGGGACUCUGAAGCUCUUCCCAGUUUACCUGAAAGGAGAAGAUCUGUUCGGUCUGACCUCAUCUGCAGUGACCAGGAUCAUUGAGUCUUUGCCAGGUGUGGAGGCCUGUGAGCGUUACACCUUUCGUUACGGCAGGAACCCUCUCAUGGAGUGGCCUCUGGCCUUCAACCCGUCAGGCUCGGCCCGCUCUGAACCCAAAGCCUAUCAGGCCAAGAGACCGAACCUGCUGACCAGCAUCGCUGCCAGGUGCCAGGGCUCGGUGGGCUCCAUCGUGGGCCUCGUCCCCGGCGUCAUCUCUCUGUCUCCAGGUGAGUCUGUGGCGGGAGCUCACCAGGGACGCCACUCCAAGUCCUCGCAGUACCGACGCAUGAAGGCCGAGUGGAAGAGCAACGUGUACCUGGCCCGCUCCCGCAUCCAGGGUCUGGGUCUGUACGCUGCCAGAGACAUUGAGAAAUGCACCAUGGUCAUCGAGUACAUCGGCACCAUCAUCAGGAGUGAAGUGGCCAAUCGCAAGGAGAGGCUGUACGAGUCACAGAACCGUGGUGUGUACAUGUUUCGGAUCGACAACGACUACGUGAUCGACGCCACCAUCACUGGAGGACCUGCCAGGUACAUCAACCACUCCUGUGCUCCCAACUGCAUCACAGAGGUGGUGUCUGUGGAGAAGGAGAACAAGAUCAUCAUCAGCUCCUGCAGACGCAUCCAGAGAGGAGAAGAGCUGUCCUAUGACUAUAAGUUUGACCUGGAAGACGAUCAACAUAAGAUUCCGUGUCACUGUGGAGCCGUCAACUGUCGCAAAUGGAUGAACUGAAAACACACACACACACACACACACACACACACACAGGCAGCUCUCUCUCUCUCAUCUCGGUGCUGAAGCUGGAUGUCGACCGCCCACUUGUCUGUGGGCAGGGCUCGACUUCAUAUCAGAAAUGAAUCUAAUAAUAAAACUGAUUGAUCCAGGUUUGAUCAGAGAGAUAAUGUUUGGGUUUGACAGGUGAGGGGGCGGGUUAUAUAUCAGGGUGGGCGGGGACAAAUAUGGUCAGGUGAGUGAUUGGCAGGUGAGGGGGCGGGGCUAAUGAAGAGGCUGGUCCUCUGUGUGUAUAUUGAGUGUAAAUGAAGCACAGAUGUAAAUGUGAGUGUAAACGCCACUGAAAUAACGACCGCCGUCAAAGGGACGUUUAUUAAUGAACUUGCACUAAAACAGAAAACUAAAAAAAACAGAUUUCCAGAGAAACAUACUUGAUUCCAUGAGUCGCUUUCUUCCUCCUCCUCCCCCUCCUCUCCCUCCUCUCCCUGCGUUUUGUUAAUUUCCUGUAAAAUAAGAGAUUUUUUUCUUUUUGUAUUUAUUACUGAAUGAAGCUAUUUUCUAAAUCCAUGAUGAGUUCAAGGUCUGGAGUCACAGUGUGUAAAUAUCUGUACCAUAAAUUAAGGAAACAGAAAGUUUAGAAAUCACUCCACCGAGAACUACCUGAACAUCCUCAUCCUCACCUUCAUCACCUGCCGAUCAGAGCGCUCUGCUGUUUGCGUUUUAAAUAAAGUUUCACUUUUUCUGUUUCCUGUCCCUGGCGGAGGCGCUGCGUUCUGAUUGGACAAAGACUGUGAACAGUCGGGCAGGUUUCACUGCGGCCUUCAUCUGACUUCAGUUUCUUUGUUUUUCUGGUUGCAGGCGUCUGUGUGCAGAUUUUUAUUUUGUUUGUUUGUUUGUUUGUUUGUUUGUUUGUUUUCUCCGUGGCGUCACUUUGUGUUGUGGAGUUCAGUCCUGCUGCCGUGUACAUAUGAGGUUUUAUCAGGACGUGUACAGAUAGACGACAUGAAGCCUUGUAUUUGUUUUUGUUUUUUAUUAUUGGACGUAAACAGAGUGUGAUGAUGAUGAUGAUGAUGAUGAUGUUUGUUUGUUUUUGGGAUAAAUGUGGAAUCUGAUUUAGAAUCAUUUACAGAAAAUAAAAUAUUUUACAUCUUGAACAAACAA